ACAAAGCGCCUAUGUAUCGAGCCGACGCGGAGCUUUAUAAGAACCAUAUAAAACACACUUAUCGUAUCUAAAUAGGCACGUCGUACAUAGGCAUGGCAUUUAAUAUUUGGAUGGUAGUCAGGUGCUAGUGACAUUAGGCCUUUAUACAGUGAAAUAAUCAAGAAAAAGAUGUUAGGUCCGUACUGAGAACCAAUACUACUUGCCUUCACCACCACCACCACCACCACCAACGACACCACCACCAUGGGCAGCGGAAAUAAUGCAAGAUAUAAAAAGCAUCAAGCUAUCUGUUUCAAAAUUAGACAAACUCGAGAAGCUUGUUGACAAAAUAAAUGCGCGCGUUGAAAAAUUAGAAAAUGAUUCUAAAGCAAAAGACGUGAAAAUGUCCGACUUCGAAAACGCAGUGCAAUUCGCCAGUAGCGAAAUUGAAGACACCAAAAAUAAAAUAAAGGAAACCAGUUCUGAAAUAAAAGUGAUCACUAAUCAGUACUCAGACAUCAAAACCGCUUUAUCAGACAUUAAAACCAAAACGGACGAAUUAGAGGCAAAAACGAACGAUUUAGAAAGCAGAAGCAUGCGCGAAAACCUGUUAUUUUAUGGCCUCAGUGAAUCAGAACAGGAAAAUUGCCAACAAAAAGUCAUACAAGUUAUAUCAGAGCGUCUGCAGUUAACAGACGAUAUCGUUCUGGAUCGUGCUCACAGACUCGGAAAACCUACACAUGGAAAAUCGAGACCCAUCGUUGCCAAGUUUCACUACUAUUCACAACGAGAACUGGUCAGAACAACGGCAACAUCGAAAUACGACGUCCUAAGGAAUGCAGGCCUUGGCAUAGGCAUUCAGCAAACCAAGGCAGUCCUAAACAAGCGGCGGCAACUGAACGACGUAUUCAAUCGGGAAAAAUCAGCCGGGAAGUAAGUCAAGUGGGCUGGCUCCCGACUUAUGGUGCGCAACAACAGCAGCGACCAAUUCCGUGAAGUUACAUGCUAGGACCAAAAGGAGGAACUAAGAACUCUCGUUUGGAACGUGAAUGGACUAGUGAAACAACACGUGGCAAAUUUAUCAUAGUCAAAUGGGAAAGUAAGCAUGACAUAGAUGAAGAGCGGUUAAAGACAUUUGUCGAAGUAAAAACGAGAGAAUGUCCGACGAUUGUGACAGGGAACAUUAAACAUGCGGCGCUCCUCGUGUUUAAAACAGAACAAGGAACGGACAUUCUUCAGUGCCAAUUACUGGAUCCGUACUUUUGGAAAGUACAUAGCAUUAGCGUUGUCGACGAAUCCACAUCCCUCUGGGUUACCAACAUUCCGGUGAAGUGUGAGGAAAGGGAUCUGUUCAAGUUUUUUACUAAUUCAAAAAGUCUCGAUAAUCUGAAGCUAGACACACCAAGGGUCGAUCGCAACUACUUUUCACCUGAAGACGGAGUGGCAGUGGUGCAUCUGAAAACGUUAAAAGACUUGAAUGAUGCCUGCAAAAAGCAGAAAAAAUUCAAAAAGUUUAAAGAUUGCCAGUUAUUACUAACGCCGUUUUAUAAAGAUAUCAACGGUGUUCAAAAACCAAUUGAUGAAACUCCAUUCACGAUGGAUAUAAAAGAUGAAACAAAGCUGAUGUACAUGGUGGAAUUCUGGAAACAAUUACUGAACAACUGUUUUGACGACAUAGAGAAGUUUGUGUCCCGCCUGCAGCAAGCGGCUGAGGCUUACAAGGAACUGGAGCGAAGACGUAAUGAGAGAGGUGGGGGCAAGAAGAAGAAAGCCAUUAGCGGAGAUGGCAUGCUAACGAUGAGAGCCAGGCCUCCGCCAGCAGACGACUUUGUAGACAUCUUCCAGAAAUUUAAGUUUGCCUUCAAUUUGCUGGCUAAACUGAAGGCCCACAUUCACGACCCAAACGCUCCCGAGCUUGUGCUCUUCCUGUUUACCCAUCUGAGCCUCAUCUACGAGGCAAGUCGUGACCCGAUUCAUGGAGGUCGUGACCUCGGUGUGGAGGCUGUGGCACCGUUACUUCUACCAGAGGCAAAACAACUCCUCACCAAUUGCUUGACGUCUAAGGAGCUUAAACUGUGGACCAGACUUGGCAGGCCCUGGACACUGGUCAAAAAUGAAUGGAAUGGACCAGUCCCCAACUAUAAUCCUCGAUUUUACAACGGCUGGAUGCCGUCGCCACAGCUUGUUGACGAGGUGAACGCUCCUGGUGGAGGCUUCAGGGAAGACCAGAUCCUCAGAACAAGCGAACGAGUACCAUACCUUGAUGCCAGACGUGACGAUACACGUAGAGAUGACCCACGCAGAGAUGACCCAUACCGGGAUACCCGCAGGGACGACCCAUAUAGCAGAAGAGAAGAGCCCUUAAGAGACACCCGUAGAGAGGACCCGUAUAGGAGGGAGGACCCAUACAGAGAUACACGCAGGGACGACCCAUACAGAGAUACACGCAGGGACGACCCAUAUCGUGACACGCGUAGGAAAGAACCUUACCGUGACACUGCAAGGGAUGACCCAUACAGCAGGGACAUUCGCAGGGAGGACCCGUAUAGAGACACAAGAGAGCCUGCAGCAUAUUCCAAGUCCAUUCCAAGGCGUGAUGAACAGGAACAUGACAAUUACCCAACACCCACACCUGCUCCCUACAGAGUCGAGGAAUCGAAAGAUUUCUAUUCCACAUUUUGGGAGAAACGAACACCGCGGGAUGUCGCGCCACCAGCACCAAAAACUCGUGCAGAACUGAACCUUGCCUUUGCGCAGGAUCUUAAGCGCAUGGGAGCUACGAUAUACGAGGCACGCCAUGAGAGGCAGGGCAAGAAUCCCAAGGAGUUGACAGUGGAAAAGGGAGACAUUCUGCAGGUGUUAGACAAGUCCCGUAACUGGUGGAAGUUGAAGAACUUCAAUGGAGAAAGUGGCUACGCACCAUAUACCAUUCUCAAGGAGUUCCAGGGAGGUGAUGCAUAUGACCAUGCACACAACAUUGUUGACGAGAUCCUCAGAGCAAAGGGGGACAGUGCCGCUAGACGAAAGCCAGAGCACUUUACUUUUUAUGCUUUUUGCUUGUGUGCUUUACCAUGUCAUAAAAUUUGAGCACAUAUGAGGCAAUAAAUGGCGAAUAGUGAACAUUUAAAUUAUGAACAGGCGUAGAUAUAUUUUAGUUCCUCAAACAAUUAAUUAUGCUUUUUUUAAGUAAAGUUCUGUUGAUAUAUUACACUGCUUCAUAUUUAUAGAGAACAGAAUAGAGGAUAGCAGCUAUUUUGAAUUAAGUUCUGUUAAUAUAUGACCAUAUUUAUAGAAAACAGUGAAGUUACAUUAGAACAGCUACAUGUCUUGUCUGGUUAGAAUCUAUGUUACGUAAUUGUUCCCCUUUUAGGAUGUGUUCCGUCCCAACUAGUCGCAACCAUUGACCUUAUAGUGAGUAAGAAAUAUAGUUGUGACGUGACUCAUUAUUAUCUGAAACUGAAUAAUUCCUGUAUUGGUUGUAGUUUGAACACUGUAGUAUGAGAUUGCGAAAAUGAUAUGCCAAUUGCGGCCAGUGUAGCUCCAGACCACAUCUGGUCAGGACAGGAUUUGCCCAGUUGGCUAUACAGUCAGGCAAUGUUUAGUGAAGUUAUUAGUUGGCAGCAUUACUCCUGACCAGACAGCAUGGCUGGCCGCAUAUGGCAUACAACCAACUUUUGCACCAAGCAUUUUUAAUGAUGAAUAUUAGUUAUGCGCUGGGAAAUCAAUGCUUUAUGCAUCUGCGUAAAAUAUUGUCCCAAACUAGCCUCUGCAGUCUGCACAUGCUUAUCAGGGAUGACAGUCUGCACAUGCUUAUCAGGGAUGAAGUUAAAAAAAGGCACACAACAUUGUUGACGAGAUCCUCAGAGCAAAGGGGGACAGUGCCGCUAGACGAAAGCCAGAAGCGUUCAUACCACUGCCGCCAUGAGUGCCUGCACCAGAGCCUCCAUAUAUCGUUACAUCUUCAGCAGCCAAUCCAGAUGGAGAUAACAAAACACUUGAGUUGUCACAAGAAGAAAUAUUUAGGACUUUAUUAAAAAAAGACACAUCAAGGGAGGCUGUGAUGAACUGUAUUCGUGAAACAGAUGCAUGAUGGUGACACUUUGCUGCAUCGUUAACCAUAGAGAAGGGCGACUUAUAUAACGCAAUAGCCGAGUCUUAUGAAGAUUCAGUGAAAGGCAUUACGGACAAGCGACAGUGGGGUUCGAUGGCUACGAAGACGGUGAUUAUAACAAAGACAAAACGCACCGGAAACGUUAAUCAUAUUGUGAGUUUCAAGAAAGAAACAGAAUGCUCAUGUAAAAAAGGAAGACUUUUUGUCUCGUGACAGAAACAAGGCCGGCAUGAUUGCUCUGAUCAGCACACCUCUGACUAAAAUGUGAUGCUAUGUGUUCUGUCUUCAGGGGAUGCAGACGUUCAAAUUCUUAAAUACAAUAUAACAAUCCCGUCGUAGCACCACACCGUUGGUGGGCGAGGAUGCAUAUUUGCUCAUCUUGAUUCUGCAUUACUCCGAAAGGGACAAUAAGACCAUCUACUUACGCUUUUAUGUAAAUAAAUAGUCAAAGGAACGCAAAGCGUAUAAUAUUAACCUUUUGAAAGAACACGUGCUUAUUUAGGCUGUUAUAAAUCGUAAAUGAUUUUCAGCAACGGUAAAAAAUCAAGUCUACAGAAGUAAGUUAAACCUGAUCCUAUCAUGAAGUCAUGUGCUGGUUCAUUCUCUCUUCCAAGUGUCGAAAAUUGGAUUUCAUGAGUAUUGAACUCCUUAGUGAUGACCUCAGUUCCAUUAAAGUGUUUCCUGUCACCUAAACUAUGGCAUUUUACAUAACAACCAUAACGUUUGAGUAACAAGUUAUGGAAUUGUGGUCCUUCGUUUUGUGUUGAAGGCCAUUUUGGACGCCGUGUUGGAUUUCUGUAUAACAUAAUUAGCUUACAUUUUGUCUGAUGAUAUAAAUGUGAUAUUAAUGUGUUGUUUGCUCUCUGAAACCUGUGUAUAAACACCAAGUUCAUCAAAUUUGAGUGGAUAGUUACAUAGUUAUAUUUUAUAAUCAUAAAUAUGUUUUGGCGGCCAUCUUGGCGGCCAUUUUUGACGCUGUGUUGGAUUUGUGCGUAAUAUGAUAAACGUAAACAAUGUC